GAAGUUGCAGUGUACUCGUCACCGUUUCAAUCACACAAUCAAACAUUCUCUUUCUCCGUCUCUCUUCGAUUUCGCUCCUCAAACGCCGGUAACGGUCACAUUUUCAAUAACUCUUCCUCAGUCCUAACUCCUAACCCAACCCAUUUCUCUCUCUUCUUCUUCCUCACUCUCCUACCACUUCCCCGCAAUGCCCGCAACCAAAAGCUUCGUUUUUUCGCUCCUCCUCCUUCUGGGCCUCUCGCCGUUCCGCGGCGGCGCCGACGGCGGCGCUCCGCCGCAGGAGCUGUGGUGCGUGGCGAAGAACAACGCGGAGGACGCGGCGCUGCAGGCCGCGCUAGACUGGGCCUGCGGGCCCGGCGGGGCCGACUGCGGCCCAAUCCAGCCCGGUGAGCCCUGCUACGACCCAAACAGCGUGCUGAAUACGGCGUCGUUUGCCUUCAACGACUAUUUCAUCAAACAUGGCAUGUCAGACGAUAGCUGCAACUUCAACAAUAAUGCUGCUGUCACUUCCUUGAACCCUAGUCACGAUGAUUGCAAGUUCCCCCCCGGUAUGUCUGGGAGCAAUGGCGGUUUUUCUGGAUCAACAUCAUCUUCUUCUUCUUCUUCUUCUGUUGGAUUGGGACCAAGUGGAUUUCAGUGGGGGCACUAGAGUUUCAUGGGGAUGGUGGUGGUUUUGGUCUUUUAGUGUAAUGGGGCAUUUGGUGCUUAUGGUUUCUGUUUUUGGAUGAUUGGUGGUGUGGAACUGAAAAUAGUCCCUUUUGAUUUGAUGAGGGAAUGAAAAAGAAAAACUUUUCCUUUCAACUAGAUCGAAAUACUAUGAUAUGAUGGUCUUUGUUAGUGUUAUGUUAUGGAACAUAAAUCGUUAAUUCCUGAAUACCAUGUCAUCGUAAUCUAAUAUAAAUACAGAAAAAAAUAAUGAAAGGCAAUGCA